AGACCACAUGCUCGACGGUCGGACUGUCAAGAGCCUACAUUGUGUGUUUACCUUGAAACACCUGUAUCGGCGUACCUCUUUAAUCAGAUUCUUGAUGUACGGACAUGAUACCUGUAGAAAUUUACACCUGUACAUGGCGUAUAUACAGGUAGAUAUAUAAGUGUCUGAUUGAAGAUGUAGUGUACCCGCAUCCUACAUAACUUACCUGUACAGAAACACCAAGGAUUACUUAAUAUACAGCCAACUGAAGGAUCACGUGUCUUACCUGUAAUCAACUGUCCAGGUUUACGUUUUCACCUGGAAAUACCUGUGCACGUUACCUGGAGGGAUUCAGUGUGGAGUUUUUUGUUUGUGAUGUAUUUGUUAUACACUAAUACAUGGCGAGCCAGCGAGCCUGCUGCUAGCUGGCCACAUAGGUGUGGGGCAGAAAUUCUAUCUGGAUUUGUGUAACUUUUUACCUGGGAUUUAACAAACACGACUUGACAAAAAAGGAAAUCUGCUUUUAAAAUGAUGAUGACGGAGAUAAAUUAUCGAAGUAAAAAUCUUACCGACUGGAAUGGGGUGUUGGAGGAUCUCUUUGGCUCUGACAACAGCCAGAAGGCUGACUCUCUCCACGACUCCUCGUCCGGAUUUGCGUCCGACGUGCCCUCCUAUAACUCCCAUGGAUCUAGUAUGACCACAUUUAAGGGCGCUCCAGUCACACCAGUACAUGACCGGAAGUCUUCUGAACGAGAACGAGACCGACGAGACCGGGAACGAGACCGAGACAAGGGAAAUAAACCUCCUCCCUGGCCAUCUAAUACUCCACAAUCUCAUAGAAAUCCACAACAUUAUCACCCACAGGACCUUAACAUGCAUUACAGAAUGUCUACGCCAUCGCCGAUGUCAAAUCGCUCAGUCUCAUCUGCCAACACCCAUUCAACUGCUUCCCAUGUCUCAUCUCAUAAAUCGUCAUCAUCACACGUGAUUCAGAACACACCUGUGCCGCCAAAAAUUAGUUACAAAAAUCCUGCUUACGAAUACCAGCUGGACAAACACAUGGAGGAAAUACAAAGCAAUAUUAAACGAAUCGAACUGCAAGAAAACGAUAAAAUGACCUCAAAGGGCACGAAAUACAGAACUCCCAGACUCUCCAUGUUUGACUUGCUUACCGAUGAAGUAAUUGUGAAAAUAUUUUCUAAUUUACCAUCUGAUCAACUUUGCAAAAGCUCGCGCGUUUGUGGUCGAUGGUAUAACCUUGUAUGGGACCCGUUGCUAUGGCGACAUAUCGUCAUUCGUAAUGAACGCAUCAAUGUCGACAAGGCAUUGAAGUACCUCACAAAGAGGCUUAGUUUUAACACUCCUUCCGUUUGUGUUCUCGUGGAAAGCAUCUCGGUGAACGGAUGCGAAAGACUUUCUGAUGUAGGACUUCACACAAUCGCCAAGAGGUGUUCCGAACUGCGCAGACUAGAGCUACAAGGGUGUUCAAAUAUCUCGAACGAGGCGCUGUUCGAAGUGACGUCAUAUUGUGUCAACCUUGAGCACCUUGACGUGACAGGGUGUCCAUGCGUCACCAGUAUCAGUCUCACCGACCAGAUGCUCAGACAGGCGUCUGCGCACCAUCUUCGCCAAAUCCACCUUCGGUAUCUCGACAUGACCGACUGUUACGCCCUAGACGACGAGGGUCUCCGAACGGUCGCCCUUCAUUGUUCACACCUUCAGUUCCUGUACUUGCGUCGGUGCGUCCGAAUUGGGGACAACGGUCUUCAGUUUAUUUCGCAUUACUGUACGGGGAUUCGAGAACUCAGUAUUAGUGAUUGCAAAAAAGUGACAGAUUUUGGACUAUGUGAACUCGCCAAACUGGACGAUUUACGAUAUUUGAGUGUCGCAAAAUGUGACAAAGUGUCAGACGUUGGCAUCAUCCAUUUAACAAAGCAUUGCCGGAAGUUGCGUUAUCUGAACAUGCGCGGCUGCGAAGCGGUGUCGGACGACGCCAUGGACGUUCUUGCCAGAAACUGUUUUAGGAUUAAGUCCCUUGAUAUUGGAAAGUGUGACGUUACGGAUGAAGGUUUGCUCGUACUUGCUCAAAACUGUAGCCAAUUAAAGAAAUUAAGUUUGAAAUCCUGUGACGCAAUCACGGACAGUGGUGUGAAGGCGAUAGCUAAACAGUGUCGGAACCUGCAACAGUUGAACAUACAGGAUUGUCACGUGACUGUGGACGCUUACAGAGCGGUCAAACGUUACUGUAAGCGGUGUUUUAUUGAACAUACAAAUCCAGGGUUUUACUGAGAUACAGAAUGUCAACAAUUCUCAUAGUACCGGGAUUCUAAGCAAUAAGAAUAACAUAUCUAAGAACACGUUUGAGCCUCUGAAAAACGCUAUGCUAGGCCCAUAUCAAAAUAUUUCUGAAUCUUUUAAAAAGCUAUAAAACAAAAGAUUUAAAAAGGUGUUUGUUUACCCAAAAUUUACAAGUAUAAUCAACGUUUCCUCUAAAUGAUUAUUUAACAUUUUGUGAGAUACUCCUUGUUAUUGAUGAUUUUGGGUAAAAGGGCAUUAUAUAUUAUAUAGACAACACCAGUCUUCAUCCCUUUGUGCCUCCCCUGGGUAUACAAUAGUUUUUAUGUCGAUGAUCAAAAGUACUGCCAUGUAAUAUAGGGACAUUUCAAACUAGGCCCAUUUCUUAAAAGUCCAUCAUUAUGGGAAUGUAAACAAAGACGAUUUGUGUCCAUACCCUUGAGUUUAUUAGAUACUAAAUAUGUGUGCACGUGCAGGUUAAUCGACUCUCACGUGCACGUGAGUAAAAUUUAAUGCUGCGAUACCGGUCUAGUUGUUUAGGGAAAAGAGCGUCAUUUGACGUGUCUUACGAUCACAUUGACUGUUAACCGGAAGUAGUUAAACCCCGGUGUCCGCGACUGCGGUCUGGCGGGUAUCCGGUACUGAUUGAGUGAACCCGUUUUUGUAUUCAAUAGAUUCUUUGUGCCAAAUAUUAUUAGAUCUGUAAACCGUUAUAUCAGUAUUUUUAUAAGUCAGGAGUAACUAUGCAGAUGUUUAUUAUAUAUAUAUAGAUAUUGAUGUACACUAUCCCGAUAAAUCCCUUAAUAUGUAUUUAUUGCUGUUACUGAAGAUGUAAUUCGGAUUCUGGAUUGUUUGAUACCGGGCCAUCUUAUGCUUGAUUUGUGUAAAAAAAAUGUCUGAAUUUGAAAUCUUUAAUUCAUUUUAUCUAAAAGAUCAAAGACAAUAUUACCCCCAGAUAUGUCGUCUGCUCAAAAUUACCGAGAAUGAAUUGCAAGUAUUUUUUCCUGAAUAUUGGGAUAAAUGAAAACGUAUAAUCAAGGGUAAGAUAGUACGUAUCUAUUUGAUUGAGAAUAGUACCGAUCACUAUAGCUUGUCUAGAUUUCGCCUGAUAUGCAUCUUCAAUUACAAAUAUACACGAGACCAGGACAUGGAAUGUGAAAUUAUUUUUCUAAAAUGCAAACAGAAAAUCUAGACUCAAAAGUUAUGUAUACGAGGAUUUGUGUAAUCUACAUAAUGUUACAACCGGAACACAUCCAUGUUAUUUGUAUCAGAUAUGUGUUAGAUCUGAUGCGUUCCGAAUGCAGUAUUUCAUUUUGCGAUUAUGAUGGUCGAGAUGUUUUAUACUUCAUUAAACUUGUCAGAUCUUGUUUAAUGAUUUUGUUUCCAAACUUACCAUCUCAAGCGAGACCCCUAUAAAUAUUCCAGAGUCUCUUAAUCUCGAUCAUCUAGACGCUUAGUCUAAAGUCACUUCCGGUUUUAAUACUUUGGUUUAGCCUUGUUCGAGUACUAUGACAUAGUACACUUUCAGUGGAAAUGGUACACUUUCAGUAGAAAUGUAAUACUUUAAUGUAAAAAACCGAUUUAAACAACCAAUGUAUUUUUUUUACAAUGCAAUAGUACAUGUUAUAUAGAUUUCUCGGAUUAUAUAUCAAGUGUUCAAGUUCCCAAAUAUUUUGUCAUUUAAACUUCCCUAUAAGUGGUUUCUGAACCGCUUGAUAUUUCGACACACUUUAUAAUAUCCAGCGGACGUCCCUACUUAGCCGGUAUCGAUAUUCACACUCCCGAGUGCUAUUCUACGCCUGACUAUUGUGAUAUUUGUUAUAAAGAUAAAAUAAAAUGUAACAUCAGUAAA